AUGGCUGAAAGUCCAGGGAACACACAUCGCCAACCGCCUCCCAGCCAGUUCUUUAUCCCCCUGAACACAGCAUUAUGGCUUUGCGCCAUUUCUCAUCUCAUAGCAGCAUUCAAAGCUCCCGUGCAAGACUGCGAUGAGACAUUCAACUAUUGGGAACCGUUGCACUACUUGAACCAUCGUUAUGGACUACAGACUUGGGAGUACUCCCCUGAGUUCAGUCUCCGCAGCUGGGCCUACAUCUUGAUCCAUGCUCUUCCCACCGCGUUCGCUGGUUUCCUGGGAAACUCCAAGGUAGCUGAGUUCUACGGUCUACGAAUCUUACUGGCUCUGGUCUGCGCGGCCACCGAGACGAGACUCUAUUCAGCAAUAUGCCGAACUUUGAAUCCGCGCAUCGGCGCCUUCUACCUCAUGAUAGUUGUCUUCACGCCAGGCUUCUUCUACGCCUCGGUCGCAUUCCUACCCUCGAGUUUCGCCAUGUACACAUCAACAUUGGGUGUGACGGCAUUCAUGGACUGGCAUGGUGGCUCUAAGUCUGCCGUAGGGAUCAUGUGGUUUGGUGUGGGUGCUCUUCUUGGCUGGCCUUUCGCAGGCGCCCUUAUCAUUCCCUUCGUUUUGGAAGACUGGGCUGUCGGUAUCUGGAUGGGCGAUACCUUUGAGGUCUUCAGGAAAUACCUGGACGGCACCGUUCGUUGUUUGAUCGUCCUUGCUCUACAGGUCGCUAUUGAUGCCUUUUUCUACCACAAGGUCGUCUUGGUGCCUAUUCGACUUGUCCUUUACAACGUCUUCGGCGGCAAAGACCGCGGCCCGGAUAUUUUUGGGACUGAACCGUGGGACUAUUACUUGCGCAACCUCCUUCUCAAUUUCAAUAUUUGGACCAUCCUCGCCAUAGCCUGUGCACCGCUCCUGGCCGUUCAAUCUCUACUCUUCAGGCAACAAACCACAAAACAAACCCUCCUCCGCACCGUCAUCCUAAUUGCACCGUUCUACCUCUGGCUCGCCAUCUUCACCAUUCAACCCCAUAAAGAAGAACGCUUCAUGUAUCCCGCCUACCCGUUCCUGGCCCUCAACGCCGCCAUCGCCUUCCACAUGCUCCUUACCUGGCUAGGCACAUCCGACCCCAAAACUCUCAUCGGCAAGAUCCCCGCCCGUAUCAAGCUGAUCUUAAUCCUCCCCAUCAUCGUUGGCUCCCUCAACCUAGGUCUCCUCCGCACCAUCGGCACCAUAACUGCCUACCAAGCUCCCCUCCAGAUCUACGAACCACUCCACAACACAACCGCCAGCGACACCGUCUGUUUCGGUAAAGACUGGUACCGUUUCCCCACCUCCUUCUUCCUCCCCAACGGCGUCCACGCCAAAUUCAUCCGUAGCGAGUUUCGCGGUCUCCUACCAGGAGAAUUCCACUCCGGCAAGACAGGCUUCGGCCUCUUCCCUGGCACGUGGCUGGAGCCGGGGGGCAUGAACGACCUCAACCAGGAGGAUCUCGGCAAAUACACCGACAUCGCGCACUGUACCUACCUCGUAGACUCGUACAUGCCAGGCACAGACGCGACCGAGCACGAGCCUCUGCACGUGCUGGACAAAGAGACGUGGGAGAAAGUCUCCUGUAAACCCUUUCUCGACAACGCGCGCACCCCGUUCGCGGCCCGCAUGAUCUGGGUCCCUGACCUGCCUGGCUUGCCGAGAGCGCUACAGAGGCAGUGGGGCGAGCACUGUCUGUUGCGGAGGAAGGGAUCGUGA